ACCCGGGGGCGGAGAGCCCUUCUCCUUUGACCCAGCCAGCCUGGCUGGCACCACGGCGGAGUGGGAUCCUGGCUCCAAAGCCACCCUCUCCUGGCUCCGGAGCUGGAAGACUUGCGGGGGAGGACUCUGGUGACUCCCCCAAAGCUCGAGCAAGACCGGGCAUCCACCCCUCAUCACUAACCCAGCCUGGGCGCUGGUCCCGUGCGCUCCGCUGCGCAGCCUGCUCCGGGGCAAGAGCGCCUGUGCGCCCCGCUGCCGCCCAGCCUCCGGACCGACAGCAUCCGCGGGCAGCGGGACCCCGGAGGAGGGCAGCCCGGCAGCCCCGAGAGCCUCGAGGUUGAGGGACGCGUGGUCGGGGAACCUCCUGUGAGCUGCUAUCCGGGUUGGGUCACCCAGAUUUGUAACUGGAGAAGGGUCCAGGUCCUCGAGGGACAUCUCCAGCUGGCACCUCUGGCCCUCGGACCGCGGACUCGGAGCCCAGGCUGCCCCGUGGGCAAACCGACCCGAGUUCUGGUCUCCAGCCAGCGGCACCCUCGCACCCCGGAUCCCCCCGGGCACGGAAGCGGUCUAGCCGCCCUGCUCAGCCCUCCUGGGCAGCGGCGCAACGAACCCCAGCUGCUCCAAGCACCCCGAUUAGACCCUGGGCAGCCUCUUCUGCCCGGGUAGCCUCUCCCCGGGGGCUCACCCGCUCGCGCCCCUGCGCGUCCCUCUUUGUUUCUGAGCUUGCUCUGCAAAAUCAAGGGAGAGAGCCGAGAGGACAGCUGCUGUGGAGGUUUCUAAGGAGACUCAGACUGGCUUCUUUCCCUGUUCCUGGGAGACGGCAGGAAACCUCAGAAGAGAGAAAAGCUGCUCCCUGUCCAGCAAGCAGCCCCCAACUGGAUGGAGUGAAAGAUGCGGCCUGAUGACAUUAACCCGAGGACUGGGCUGGUGGUGGCCCUGGUCAGUGUCUUCCUGGUCUUCGGCUUCAUGUUCACAGUCUCUGGGAUGAAAGGAGAGACUCUGGGAAACAUCCCCCUCCUGGCCAUCGGGCCAGCCAUCUGCCUACCAGGUAUCGCGGCCAUUGCCCUGGCCAGGAAAACUGAGGGAUGCACCAAGUGGCCUGAAAAUGAGCUGCUGUGGGUCCGCAAGUUGCCCUGCUUCCGGAAACACAAGGACAAGGAGGUGGUGGAACUGCUGAGGACCCCUUCGGACCUGGAGUCAGGCAAGGGAAGCUCAGAUGAGCUGGCUAAGAAGGCAGGCCUCAGGGGAAAGCCUCCCCGCCAGGGGGAGGCUGAGGUGCCCAUGGCCAGCUCCAUCACCACCCCCACACCUGCGGAGGAAGGAGAAUGCCAGAGCCUGGUCCAUAGCGGGCCUCAGGAGGAGACAUCAAGAUACCUGGACGGCUACUGUCCCUCGGGCAGUUCCCUCACCUACAGUGCCUUGGAAGCCAAGCGCUCAGCCUGGGACAGGUCCCAGUGCCCUGAGCCCGAGGACAGCAUCUUCUUUGUGCCCCAGGACAGUAUCAUCGUUUGCUCCUAUAAGCAGAACAGUCCCUAUGACAGAUACUGUUGCUACAUCAAUCAGAGCCAAGGCAGAUGGGACCACGAGACUAUAGUCUAAGCUUUGCAUACGAGGGUCACUGUGUUGAUGGACACACAACUACACUCAGCUCCCGAUGGAAGGAAACUGCCCUGCUCCAACAGCCUUCACACUGUUAGAAAUGGACCUGGUAUGUGACGGGUGUGCAAACCUCUGGUGCCUGAGAACCAUGUACAUAGGCAUGUUGGGGACACAUUUUAGGGAAGGGUGAUGAGGGCUAAGGACACUGGAAGAGGCAAUGGGUAGGAGAGGAAGCAGUUCCAAUUGCUUUUUAACAAUUUAAACCAUGUCAGAUGUUUUGUCAAGUCUAUCUGAAGGCAAGAUAGACCUAGAGCGGGCUGCAGACACCAGGCAUGAAAUCACACAUGGGCAGUCCACAGGGAGACAGAGCUGCUUUGGGUCUGAGGAAACUGAGAGAAAAACAGUUUAAUGCUUCAUUAUAUGAAAUGAUUUUUAUCUGGUGAAAGCUUUUCACACUUAGCAUUUGCUGAAAGAAAAAUAAAUCAAGAUAGAACAGCUCCAUCCCUCCAGGUGGGGUGGUUUUCAGACAAAGGGGAGUUAAAGAGAGUUGAAUUAUGUAAUUGAGUUUUUUGAUAUUAUCCUCUGACAAGAUCAGGGAUUUCAAAUAAAGUAAAAUGAAUGUGACCAGCUAUGUGAAAAACUAACAUUUUUAGAUGGCUAUGUUACUUCUUAAACUCUUCAUUGAAAUUGAUUUACUGGGUCUUUAUCUGAAGUGUUUUUUAACAUUUGCGAUCAUUGAUGUAUAAUUUCCUCAUCAGGUGCAAAAUGACUUGAUAUAAUAUUUUCAUAGAUUAGAAUUUGUUUUCAUCAAGUCAAAAUGGAUUUUACAUGUGUAUCCUAGUGUCUUUAACAUUUCUGGGAGACAUGUACUGGUAAUUACUAUUCUUAUAUGCCUUUUAAAAUCUAAAGACUAUGAAGUUAAUACAUUAGUCUUGACUUUAUGCAGAAUUUACAUGAAAUGCAACGGUUAAACUUCUGGAAAUGUCAUUAUUUGUACAUUUGUUCAACACUCCCAGAGACUGUAAAUGCCAAUGAAACAAGAGUUAAUCUACUAGAUUUCACUAAAGCCCAGAUUUUAUUAAGUUCACCUGAUCAGUGAACAUUACAUGACAAAUGUCAGUUUUAUUUCAUACUUAAUUUUUUGCUGCUAAGGAAAAACAUCACAGUGGGAUCCUGAAAUGUAUUUCCUAUUUCACUUGCUCAACUGUAAUAGACAAGACGGCACUCGGCCAGAAUACCAUUUGAUCCCUGUUGAAGAGAAAUAUUGAAUUGUAUAUAGAAAUGGUGGUAAAUUUCAUCCUGGAGGUCAGGAUAAUUUUGCAUCCCUCAAAGAACGAUGUUUUAUUUUUAAUGAUCAGAUAGUUUCAGCCACUUUCUCCCAAAAGGGGAAUUGAGGACAAAAAUUUGCGACAUACCUCUUUUGUGUAUUUCAGGUCCAACUCUGCAAUUCUUCAAGUUUAGCAAUUAUUGUGUCUUAAGAAUCAUGCCCUUAAAAAUCACAAUUUUCAAGUUAAAUUCAACAUCAAAAGUAUGUAAUUUUUUUAGUAGGGCUUAAAUGUCAGAAAAUGAGGUGUGUGAUCCUGGGCAAAUUUUAUUUUCUCUCACCUCAGUUCCCUGAAAUGGGAGGCGUGGAACCGACUGACGCUAGAUUAUUUCUAUCGUUCGUUCCCAGUUUGAAUAUUCCAUGGCAUUAUGUCAAAGGCGCUUUAUAUAUUGCCAAGAAAUGACUUACAGCAAAAUGCAUGCCAAAGUUACACAAUUCAUGAAAACAUUUAUGCAACAUGGAUUGAAGUCUUGCUACGACUCAAAAGAAUUUUGUAAAUGUAUGAAAGUAGAUUUGUUUUAUUACCAAAUAUUAUUUAUUCAACAAAAUACAUUUCUGGGAAUAAAAUAAAGAUGUUGAG